AUGGGCGAAUCGAGAGGCGGUGCGAUCUUGGUGAUGUUGACGGUCGCGUGGCUGUGGCCGCGAACGGCGGUCGGGGUCAAGAACCACGUGGCGGCCUUGAACGAGACCAGUCGCCGAACGACGCUGGUAGACUCGAUAGAGAACGAGGUAUCGUUCACCGGUGAGGAAGAGUUACUGGGGCAACAGCAUCCGCAUGAUAUGCCGGACAAACCGAGCAAACUCGACAUGAACAUCAAUCAAAUGAUACAGACGGAUGACAAGUCUGAGUACCAAAUCGAAGCGACGCAAAUGGAAAAUGCGACAGAGUCUCCUUUGGGAACGAUCGUGUGCCAGGAUGACGAGAAGGAUGGACCCUGCUUCGGAAAGGACAUGUCCGAUCUGUUGGACACGCUGUCUAGGAUCGACGAGUACAACGUGACCGACACGGUGCAGAUCGUAAGAAAGCAGGAGGUCGUCGCUAGGAGGAACGAAAAAGGUAACGACGUGCGACCGGACUCAAGCCUACUCGAUAAAUUCCGGCGGUACGCCAGAGAACACGUAGUAAAGAUACGUCUGAGCCAGGAUUUAAUACCCGGUAGAAAAGCUAGAACCUUCUUCAACGCGUUUGGCCUGAAGAAGCUGCUGCUACCUCUCAUUUUCGGUGUCCAGAUCAUUAAAAGUGUCCUCCUGGCACUUUUCCUACCCAGCAUCAUCGGAAGUAUCGGUAAUAUCGUCGGCAAAGGAGUCUCGUCGUUCGCACAGACGUCGCACACCACCGCCCAGCCGGAAGAGAACUUCGACUUCAAAGACAAUUCUCUGUCCGAUCUGUACAACGACGACUACUUAACGCGGCAGCCUGUAGGAACGUUGCCUGCCUCCGCGAUGUACGACGAGAGUAUGAUGCAGUCCCAGAAGAGUCCCGAAAUCGCAUCGAGGUACUCGUACGUCGAUCACAAAUUAACUCACGCGAAUGCUGUUGCCGAUCGUUAUUACACCAGGCACGUGGCUGCCCAUGGACUCCACAAGAAACAAGAUUUCAAGGUGUUUCACGAAAUUCCAACGAGUUCACUGCUGUUAACAAACUACGACCCCUUCUACUCGCCCCUAUUGUCCCGGUUAGACGCGGUGUUCUCUCGUUUAGGACACACGACGGAAGGUUGCAGGGAGUACGCGGUGUGCGCGAUGUAUCGGAGCCCGGCGAGGUACGCCCCGUACUCGAAUCUGGUUUCAGCGCAGCUGUCGAGGGAGCUGAACGAGCUGAGAAGACCCAGCAGUGACAAUCCCGACGUGCUGAGGUUCUUCCGGUACAUGAAGGCCGCGAAGGACGGGCAGGACGGCGUGAAAUGCGAGGACGCGUACGUGAACUGCGCGACCGCGCGGGAGGAUCAGACUCUGCGCCAGAAUCAGGCGAUGCUGGCCACGUACCAGGACAUCGACAAACUCGUCCACGCGAGAAAGUUGUAA